GCGUUAUAAUUCAUUUGCAUUAAGUUUCUUCAACAACAUGACGGCUUUGUACGAGACGCUUUCGUCGGCUAUUAAUUUGGUCGGCCUUCUAGCGACUGCCUGCUUUUUAUACGAUAACUUCAAGUCAUUGUUUAGUAUUUUAAAGGCAGUACUCGAACCAUAUUUUCGACCUGAACUCCCACAUAGUCUACUUGAUAGAUUUGGUAAAUGGGCAGUAAUUACGGGUGGGAGUGCUGGCAUUGGUAAAGGAUAUGCCAAAGAGUUGGCUAAACGCGGCCUCAAUGUCGUCAUCAUAUCUCAUGCGAAAGAAGAAUUGAUUGCGACUGCAAACGAAAUUGGUAAUCAAAAAAGUUAAAACCGUGUCUUAGAAAAGUUUGCUC